AUGGCUUCCCCAGCAGUAGGAAUCAAGCGGACUUUUGCGUCCCUGGGCGAGGCUGAUGGCGGGGCCACUGGCCUGUACCGUGCCGACGACCAGACGACAGCACACGAAGCGGCGACGCCCGAACCCACGAUAGGUGCCCAAAGGCGCAAGCUCAGCGCAGGCGAUACCUCCUCAACAAUGUCCAGCACUCGCUCCACCACACCUCGGCUCACGCCUGCUCCCGUCGCCUCAGCGGGCCAUGGGCGCCGCGCAUUCCGGGCGGAUGCCUCGAUUGUGCUGCUCGGCAUGCCGGGGACUGGAAAGUCGACGCUGGCCGUCAUCGCCUCCAUGGCAUGUCGAAGGCGCGUCGUCGACACGGAAGAUGUGUUUCAAGAGACGACGGGCUUCUCGACGGCAAAGUACCGCAAGCAGUUUGGGGCCGCCAACUACAAUCUGCGCGUCGAAGAGCUUCUGCGCAACAUUCUCCACGAGCACGACCAUGGCGCCAUCAUUGUCUGCAACGCGCUCUCGUUGGAGAGGAACGCACAGUCGUUGAUACAGGACUUUGGUAGCACACAUGCCGUGGUGCACGUGCUCCGCGACCUUUCCAGUGUACACAGCUAUCUAGGAGGGCCGGAUCUGCAGAGACUAAAAGACAUGCUCACGCUGACUGCCCCGAUGCUUCGCCGCUGCUCCAACUACGAGUUUUACAACGUCUCCGAGGCCAAAGUCGCCAGUCCCGACACUUCCGCCGACCAACCGGUGGCUCCCGCGUUCCUCACGCUGAAAAGAGCCCAAAGAACGUUUCUCAAAUUCCUGUCGAUAAUCACAACUCCCCAUGAUCCGGACGGCUCAGUUGGCACGCCGAUUCCGCCGUUGGAGCCCGGGUACCCACUCUCUGACGUAGCACCCGAGUUUCGCGAAUACACCUGUGCCGUCCAAGUACCGCUGCAAGACAUACUGGCUGACAAUGCCGACAUACAGCACCUGGAAGUGGGGUCGGACGCCUUCGAGAUUGUGCUUGAUUUACAACAACACGGCCCUGUAAGCGGUCUCAUGGACCAUGUCAGCGCGUGCAUAUCCAAGGUACGAAGAAGUGCAGUAGUGCCCAUCAUCUACCACGUGGUUCCGGCAUCGACUACAGACUCUAUUCGAAAGCUGUAUCUGGAGCAUGUACGCCAUGGCUUGAGGCUGGCGCCCGAAUAUGCAAGUGUCGACUUGUCGCUCGAUGCCGCCACGCUUGGCGAUGUAAUGGCUUCUCGAGGUACAACCAAGAUGAUUGGACAUGUCCACGCCGAUACGCCGUGGGACGAUAAUUUCUGGGUUGUGCAAUAUGAACUGGCAGUGCGUCUUGGCUGUUCGGCCGUUCGAUUCACCCGACCGGCCCACUCGAUUGACGACGAUGUUUUGGUGCGCAGUUUCAGCUCCCGCAUGGCAGCGCACGAGGCCAGGGUCCCGCUCAUCUGCUACAAUACAGGACCAGCCGGUCGGCGGUCCGUCUGUUUUAACAAAUACCUGACACCUGUUGCGCCCCCCUCGGUGGGCGAGACGACCAACCAUGGCGAUGAGUUUCGGGUCACGGCUCGACAGGUGACGCAGGCGCUGUAUAGCUCGUUCACGCUCGACCCGAUGCAAAUGUACAUUAUCGGGAAAAGCGUGGGCUACAGCGUGUCGCCAGCAAUGCACAAUGUUGCGUACAGGGCGUGCGGGAUGCCCCACGAGUUCAUCCGCAUCCAGAGCCCUUCACUAAACAGCCUCAAGGAGCUUGUGCGGCAGCCCAACUUUGGUGGCUCGAUUGUGAUCCAGCCGUUCAAGAUGGAGGUAAUAGCACUCGUGGACUCGCUGAGCCAGCAUGCUCGAGCUAUUGGCGCCAUCAACACGGUGAUACCCGUGCGCAGGCGCCACAGCGAUGGAAGCGUUCCCAGCGAACUGGAGCUCUUCCAGGAGCGCAACCAGUCGGGGCCGAUCCAGGCGCUCUACGGCGACAACACAGAGUGGAUUGGGAUCCGGUCGUGCGUGCGGCGAGGGCUGUCUCCGGCCAACGCGGUACGGCCUUCGUCGUGCGGGCUCAUUGUGGGAGCUGGCGGCAUGGCCAGGGCAGCCGUGUACGCGCUGCUGCAGAUGGGGCUGAGGAAGAUUGUCAUUUUCAACCGAUCGUACGAGCGGGCCGAGAGCCUGAUUGCGCACUUUUCGCGUCUUGUGUCGUCGUCGGAAAAGGCCACGGCGUCGUCGGUGACGCCUCGGAACUUGCCCGACUUCAAAAUCCUAAGGUCGCGCCAAGACGCAUGGCCGGCGAGUCUGCGCCAGCCCACCAUCAUCAUCUCGUGCAUACCCACCGACUCGAUCGACGGCGGUCCGGCGGCGCAGUUUACGCUACCCGAGCAGUGGAUGGAAAGCCGCACGGGGGGCAUUGUCAUGGAGACGGCGUACAAGACGCUGAGCACGCCGCUCAUGCGACAGGUGCGGGCUGCGCGCAACAAGCUUUGGACGUAUAUGGAUGGGCUGGACUUUAUACCCGAGCAGGCGUUUGCGCAGUUUGAGCUCUUCACGGGCAAGCGAGCCCCGCGACGGGUGAUGCGGGAGGAAGUGCUGCGGGCAUGGAGGGACGAGCAGGGGAAUACCGACGACGAGAUGGUGGGGCGGCGGCUGCAGGCCAUUGACAGCCAGGAGCCGUGAGACAGGUGUCAGUGUGCAGCACAGGGCCAGCAUUUGACAGCG